UCUAGUUUUCAGGUUCCUAUAUAACAGUUAAAAUAUUUUACAGUAAUCGACAGGAGUUGCCAUAUUUAAACUAUAUAAAAAAUUGGUUGAUAGGCAGUUACGUAAGGAAAAGAACCUCGAAGCAGUGUAAAGCUGCGUGAUUGAUUAAUUCUUUGACGUAAGUUCAACGGUUGCCUUAGUCCCUAUUACGCAGGUGAUUUAGUUUGGUUUAUAUUUUUCAUGUAUGCGUUUAUUCCCUCGUAUGGUUUUUGUAUAAAUAAAUAACAGAACUGCGGUGAAACUAUCUAAAAUACAUAGUAUUUACUUAAUAAUAUAAAAUAUAAUGAUUAUUCAUCGCUUCAUCAAUUCAACUAAACCACAGUAUUAUCGAGAUAUUUUUAAAGAAAAGCCAAAACAGUUAUGGUAUUCAGUUACUGACUAACUCGAGAAGAAAUGAUGUUUAUAUUCCUUAAACUCUUAGUCGUUGCAUUUCUGAUAACCCUUGUUGUGGGUGACUUAUACACUCCGGACGAUGAAUUACCUAAAGGAGGCAUAACGAAAUAUCUAAAAGGAGAGACGGAAGUAAGCUGUCUGUUGCAAUGUGAAAGAGAUCAGCAAUGUGAUAACGCCAUGUUUAAAUCGAAAAAUAAACAGAUGAGACGUGGAGAUUGCUGGUUUGUAAAAAUGAAUGCAACUGAUCAGGGAGAAGAAAUGCAAAUGUUGAAAACAGAUGAAGCAAUCACCAGUUACAAGAAGGUACUACCUAAAUGUCCACAAGACGAGUGGACUUUAUUAAAACGCAAUGUCUGCUUUGGAGCACGUCCCAAAGAAUACGGGGAAUUUAAAGUACAGUAUGAUGCAGUUAUAAAAAGCAUAAAAUUGGUCCAUGUUGGAGGAAUUGGUGUAAAAUGCGUUGAUUACAGACCAGCGACAAAAUGGGGUUGUAGAGUCAACGAAAUUCCUCCUUUUGGCGAGGAGAAUAUUGCAGUUGUCAUUACAGAUAAGCAAAAUAAAUUACUUUAUCCUGAUACAGCAUAUCACAAGGGUGCAGGUUUCUUUUUUCUCCCCGGAUACAACUCCACCUCUGCCUACUUGAUUUUACCUGGACCAAGCAAAAUUAUUCAUAAAGGUCAAGAAUUGAGAUUGCAUUUUAGUGAAGAUUUGUAUGAACUCGACACCUCGGAUAACAGUGGCGAAUCUUGCGCAGAUAUUUAUGCAAAAUUGUGUGCAACCUGAAUGAAUUUGUUUUCCUCCACUAAAAGGAAAACAUGAUCGUUUAAGCAUUUAAGUUUCCAUACGAUUCGUGUUUCUGAGGCUAUUCGAAAGUAAUCAUUACAAAAUGAUUCUUUCUAGGAAAGGAACCUUAGGAAAGAAAUUAAAAAAGGAGCAAAUAAGUUAGUGUUUUUUUUUUCAAAGCCUGUGUAUAUCUGUUACCCUGAAACAAAUUAUAAUUUUGACAACAGUAGUUAGCAAAAUGGGUUAGCUAAAUGACUUUUAGUUGAUUUAAUUUGGGUUUCACAACUGGUGGUUAUAUACACUAAAAUUAUUAUUAUUAUUAUUAUUAUUAUUAUUAUUAUUUUUACGGAUUUGAACGUUUUGCUCGAAUAUCUAAACAUAAUUCAAGUUUUUACGAUCCCACAUUGUUUAUUUCGUUUCUAUAUUUUACCGGUGAGUUUCCCAAAACAAUGACUCAAACGAACCAAUUUUGUUUUCCUAUAUCAUUACGCUGGAUAGUUAAUAAAACUGUUCCAGGUCAAACCUUGUUUCAGGGGAUAGUUUUCUUUUGUCUUUUGCAGUGUUUGAUUAUCAGAUCCUAGCUUAUUUAUAAUUUUUGGAUGCUGUAUUUAAAAAAUUGUUAAAUUUAGCACCAUUGCUUUGCAAUGAAAUAUAUAAAUAAUGUAUUGUUA